UCCUUCCUUGCCCUGCUUCCAAAUGUUCCGGUCAACACUCUCUGUCGCUUCGCUUCGACAGUUGCUGGCCAGAAAAUCAGUCAUCACAAUUGCGAGUCAACGGCACGUUAGCCGCUCUGCUUUUCUAAACUCUUUUUUGAACGAGACCCCGAAAAUGCCUGGCCCCAUGUACAGCAGAAUAGAAGAAAAGCUCCGAACCGCACUGCAGCCCACGACACUGGAAAUAGUCGAUGACAGUGCCAAGCACAAGGGUCAUGCUGCGAUGCGCGGAGUAACAGGAGGGGAGACGCAUUUUAGGGUCACGGCAGUCUCACCAAAGUUUGAGGGAAAGCCAGCGGUUCAGCGACACAAGCUGGUAUAUGAAAUUCUGGAUCAAGAACUCAAAGAUGGAGUUCAUGCACUAUCAAUCACAGCAAAGACGCCCGCCGAGUAUCAAAAAUUGCAAGGGUCCUAGACAUAGACCGCUCAUAUCAACAUAUAUUCAUAUCCAUCCAUUCUGGUUUUGCAUAGUAGACAUUAAAAAUGGGUGGAUGUCUUUCCGUGUAGUUGCACUGUGACCAUCGCCAUGACUUCCACAGCCUCUCCCACCG